AUGGCCCCUCAAAUGAAAGGGCUGAUGCAAUUCAUCUCAGACGUUCGAAGCUCCAAGAACGCUGCCGAAGAAAACACGCAGAUCCAUUCAGAGUUGAUCAACAUUCAAAAUCAUUUCAAAGACAAAAACCUGUCGUCCUACCAAAAACAGAAGUACGCCUGUAAGUUGAUCUACAUUUGUCUAAAUAGCCAAAAAAAGGAUAAUGUCGUGAAUUUAGACUUUGGCCUGCCGCAUUGCUGUUCAAUGAUUGAAUCGGAAAGUCUGAGUGAAAGAAACAUCGGAUAUUUAGCUCUCCAAUUGAUAUACGCAUCCCAAUUGGAGAACUUGAGUGAAUUCAAUUUGUUCUCCCAUUUAGAAAGGAACUUGGAUUCUCACCAAGAAGACAAGGUUGCCCUUGCCCUGCAUUUUCUUGCCGGUGUUUAUUACGAUGAGUUAUUCACUACUAAUGAACUGGCGAAGAUCAUUGAGUUGCUCCUACAGUUGAUCAGAGCUUCGAAUUCCAGUGUCUUGGUCAAAAAGAAAUCUUCUUUAGCCCUACUUAAGAUUUUAAGAGACUCUUCAGAGUCGGUCAAGGUUCAUGAGAGGUUUAUUCCAAGGAUCUUAUCCCUAUUAGACACGGACAACAUUGGACUCAUGAUCUCUUUAUGUUCUUUGGUCCAGCAAAUCAGUAAACAUAGACCAAAGGCGUGCAUACCUGCCAUUCCAGUAUUGAUUCAGAAGUUAGACCAGUUGAUCGAACAGAAGGACAUCGAAUCGGAUUAUCUUUACAAUGGGUUCCCAUCUCCCUGGUUAAUAGUGAAGAUUAUGCGACUAUUGGAAACUUUGGUAUCUGAUAACUUUGAACAGGUUGAUCAAUUGCAAAUAGAGCAUCUUAACCGGUUAGUGAAAGACUCAAUUGCUUUGGUCAUUAAGUUAUUUGAUAAGAACGAUAAGAAUGCCAAUCCUCAGUUCAAAAAUUCAAUAUUAGCGGUCUUAUUUCAGUCUAUCAGUCUGGGUUCUUGUUUAGACUCUUCAUUGCAGUCUAUUAGCGUGGCUUUUGAUGCUCUUGGGGGACUUCUUCGUUCUUCGGAAGUUAAUACGAGAUAUCUGGUUUUGGAUUCAAUGAUUAAGAUUAUUCGAAAUAACCCUGCCAGUAACAUUUACAUUGAGAAGGAGACCUCUAAAUAUAUUGACCAGUUCUUUCAAUUUUUGUACGACAGAGAUACCUCUGUUCGAAAAAAAUCCACUGAGGCUAUCUUCCUGUCGACAAACUCAAGUAACAUUGUGAUGAUUGUGAAGAAGCUUUUUGAGUAUUUGCCCAGAUGUGACUACACCUUGAGACCUGAUUUAAUACUGAAAAUUUCUAUUCUGUUGGAAAAGUAUUCUACAGAUGCUACGUGGUAUGUGCAACAAAAUUUGAAGCUGGUAUUUUUGUCAGGAAAUUACCUGAAGGAUGAAGUAUGGGAACGCGUUGUUCAAAUUACCAUCAAUAACGAAGACAUUCAACUUACGACAGCUAGACUUGUCUUGGACUACUUGAAACAAAAAGAAUUUCCCGAAACAAUGCUGAAGAUUGCAGCUGUGGUAUUUGGAGAUUACCAUAGAUAUUUAAUUCAAGUCCAAUCCCCGCUAGCUCAUGAGAAAGAGUUACUGAGUUUAUUAUACCACAAGUAUUUUUACUGCUCAGUGCAAACUAGAGCCAUGUUAUUGACAUGCUUUAUGAAACUCUUUAUUGCAUACGAAGAUCUAAGGCCAAGAAUUUUAGACAUCAUUGAGAAAGAGACGUGUUCCAUAGACUCCGAGAUACAACAGCGGUCCGUUGAGUACUUGCAACUUUCCAAGCCACAUAAUCAUGCACUAUUGGCAAUUCUUCUUCAGGAAAAUCCCCCGUUCACUUUGAAGAGCAAGUUGUACUCGAUUCCAAACAUAGAGAAACCGCCAGUGCCACCUCCUUCAAGAAAAAGAAUGCUGACCUCCAAUUGGGAGGAAGGCUAUUACAGAUUGAUUAAUUACAACCAGGGUAUUUUCUUCGAAAACUCGUUGAUUAAAAUUUUAUUCAAGUGUGAGAAGGACAGACACAUUCUUUCAUGUCAGUUAAUUUUCAUCAACCAGGCUCCUACUGACAUUACUGGUUUCACUGUGUCUAUCGACAACGAAGCCACCAAGAAUUUCAGUGUGCAAAACUUAUCAUUGCCUGACAGUGUAAUUCCUUUGGGUAAAAGAAGUGUGCAUAAAUUUCAAGUCACCGUGAAGAAACCAUUUGUGACGUCCCCGCUGAUUCAUAUCUCAUUUAUGUGUGGAACUUUAACGUCAUUAACUUUCAAGCUGCCUACCUGUCUACUCAAAUGCCUUCAUCCACAAACUUUGUCCUCGUUAGAUGAGUAUAGCUUUCGUUGGAACCAAAUUGCAGGGUUACAGUAUGGUGAGUACGCUACUGACGUCAAAGUGAAGCACAGAUUAUCAAGAGAAUCGUUGUUAAGAAUUCUUGAGAGGAUUGGAGUAUCAUUGAUUGAUAGCUUUGAUCCCAACAUCGUUCUGGGGGCUGGAAUACUCAACACUGAAGCAUCCAACUACGGAGUGCUUCUCAGAUUGGAGUUGGGUCCUUCAGAUGCAUUAGCAUUCAAACUGAUAAUAAGAUGCACUGGUGAUAACAUUUCACACAUUCUGGUGACCACACUAGCUGAUUUAUUCAGCCACGGUGUAUAA